AUGUCAUCACUAGAGGUAGUUAAGCCGACAGAGAGUAAUUUUGUUCUCCCAACAAUACUUGAGAACGAAGAAAUUUAUAGCGAGCCUGGUACUCUUGAGAAUCGUUCUGCUCAAAAACCCUCGAUUUCUGGUAACACUAUAAUUGCUGAAAAAAAUAAUACAUCCCCCUUACUUAAUGUUCCUAAUCGUCUCGGAACUCGACCUAAUACUCCAGACACUGAUAUAACUGCGGUUGACUCAAUAAAUGGCGCAUCAGAAUCACCUUUGGCACCUUCUUCUUCACAACCAAGUAUUAAUGGUCGAUCACGAACACCUGAUCCCGGUAAAAAAACGUUUCGAAGUGUCCGAAAUAAGGCUAGCAGCUCUUCACUUAGUUCUCGCGCACCUUCAAGGAGUCGUUCAAAUACUCCGGACCCAGAUAGAUCUAAUAGCCAAAUAAGACGAAAACCUAGUCAACAGUUAUCGCCAAUUGAUGGUGAAUAUGAAAUGAAACCAUUUAAAGAGCCACUUACGAGUAGUAAUUUCAUUCAUAUAGGAGUUCCUGGUGAAAUAAAUCUUCCAACUGCUAAUGUGCGUGAAACUACCAUUGGAGUAUUUCAUAUUUUUAAUCCUACUGACAAUAUAGUUUCGUGGGGGUUUACUCAAGUCGACAGACCCUUGUUUCGUCGUUUAGGAACUGCUACAAAUGCAUCACAAAAAGUGGACGAUGAUAUUUUUGUUAUUACAAAGUUGGGAGGUGUUCUAAGACCAAAAAAUGCAGAGAGGGUUGAUGUGAAAUUUCGACCUAUGGGAGUAGGAACAUAUAUGCAAACAUUUGUUUUAGAAGAUACAUCAGAAGGUGGAACUGGUGGUGUAGACGCAGUUAGCAUGAAGUUCCAAGGGGUUGCAACGGAAAAUACCUUUAGUUCACUAUUGCAAAAACAUAGGGCUCCAAAAAAGGAAGUAAAAUUUGAAGUUGAUGAGACAGAAAUUCGAAUUCCAGCUACAAGAGUUGGGAAACAGCGUUCAAUGGGGAUUAAAAUAACUAAUGUUGCUAAGGAAGCAAUUAGACUUUCUUGUAAAUGCGAAACAACAACGGGCCCUGGAGGCAAGUUUGUUCUAUCACUUCCUAUGAAUAGUGUUGUAGUUAAGCCUGAGGGAUUCUCCAUUAUACCCGUACGUUUUCAACCAAGAGCGGUUGGCGAAGUAAAGGGUGUUGUCACAAUACAUGCAAUGAAUAAUGCUGAAGUCAAAGUGGAUGUAGUUGCUAAAGGAAUCUUAGAUCCAACUCAAACAACUCAAACAACUUAA